GGAAGUCGCUCGGCGGGAGGGGCCGGGCGGCGGGCCGCCUCGGGGCGACCUAGGAGGGGAAGGGCCCGGAGCUGCGUCGCCGUUGAGCGGCGUUGCCGUUGAGCGGCGCCCACCGGGCCCGGGGGGAGUCUGUAGGAGGCCCCGGUGGAAGUUGGUUAAACCGUUACAAAAGGCUCAGCCUGAUCCACUCUUCCCCCCGGGGAGGCUGCGGGGCAGGGGGAGGUCUGGGAAGGGAACGAACCGGGGCCUGGAUCCGCGGGUACCGGGAGGGGGCGCGGGGCACUGUGGGUGCGCCACCGCUUCCCGCCCCGCUCUUCAAUUUGCGGCGCUGUCGUAAAGGCGCGGACGGGGCGCCGCCGCGCCGCUUUACGGCCGAGGCCGGAUUCCGCGCUCUGAUUGGCCCCGCCGGGGCCGCGCCGCCCUCUGAUUGGCCCCGCGCGGGACCGGGGGCGGUUUGAGCAGCAGCGCCCGGCGCGGCGGCGGCUCCGCGGCUCCAGCACGAUGCUGCCCCUGUCCCUGCUGAAGACGGCGCAGAACCACCCCAUGCUGGUGGAGCUGAAGAACGGGGAGACGUACAACGGGCACCUGGUGAGCUGCGACAACUGGAUGAACAUCAACCUGCGGGAGGUCAUCUGCACGUCCCGGGAUGGAGACAAGUUCUGGAGAAUGCCGGAGUGCUACAUUCGUGGCAGCACGAUUAAAUACCUGCGUAUCCCCGAUGAAAUAAUUGACAUGGUGAAAGAAGAGGUGGUGUCCAAGGGCAGAGGCCGUGGCGGGAUGCAACAGCAGAAGCAACAGAAGGGCCGCGGUGUUGGCGGUGCUGGACGAGGUGUGUUUGGUGGCCGUGGCCGAGGAAUCCCAGGCAGCGGAAGAGGCCAGCAGGAAAAAAAGCCGGGCAGACAAUCGGCAAAGCAGUGAGCGGCUGCCUGCAGCCCGGCCGGGGACAGUGCUGCGGCGCCGGCCGGUUUUUAUCGCCUCAGGAUUGCCAUGUGUUCAAAAGCGUUACCUUUCUACUCUCCCGUCACUCGAUCCGUGCCCGAAUCACGUAGUUUGGAAGCCCCUCGCAAUUUAAUCUGGUAAAGUGGAGUUUAUUUGCUCCUUGUAGUCGGCAAGUCAUUGGAAAUAUUUAAAAUAAUCAUUCGUGGUUAAGGACCUAAGUUCUGCCUUCUCCUGAGAGUGAAAGCGCUAUUUAAUUUUUCAGGAUCACCAGGUUUAAUUUAAAAGAUUAUCCUGUACAGUGGCAUAAGAACGAAGGCAAACACUUUCUGGAUGAUUUUUUUUUUUAUACUUGAAACUUGGGAAACUUAUUGCAUUUGUAACAGAUGCGAGUGUCUUGGUUUAAAAACACUGAACUUGAGGAUAUUGUAUCUUUACGUGAGUAGUCUUAAGAGUUUGGGGUUUUUAAAAAAAAAAAAAAAAAAAAAAACAACAAACUUUUAAGCUAUUGCUUAUCUUCCGGUUCUGCCUCUCUCCUGUGGCUUGAGGGAGAGCUCGGGAUGAACAUCGGCCUUCGAGGCUUGUUUCCAAGAGAGUUUUGUGAUAAAUGAGGGUUUCCCAAUUAGCGUAUUACUAAUUUGACUUCAGAUUAGAAGCUUCCUUUCAAGGCAAGGGUUUU